AUGGUUCGUACCGAUGUGUAUGAUUCAAUAAUAGAGGCUUCAGGUCGGGGAAAAGUACUCAAUCAUAAAGUUCUAAAGGCAAUUUCUGUGCCAGGAAGUUUUCGAAGCAAUCAAUUGAAAGAUAUAACCAUUGAGGAUGCUUUUGGAAAAGCAGUGCUGCUGAGGAAUGCAGCAGUCAUAACUUGGGAUGUAUUUACGGCUGAGCACCCAAUCAAAGCAGUGACAGGUGAUGCAAUUGUGAUAGCAGCUAACAAAGGAGGGGCAUUAUUGGGAGAUAGAGUUUCAGCUGCCAUGGUGACAUUAGAGGUUGCAGAGGCAUCUGCUCUGUUCGUUACAGGGGUUGGAUUUGUGGUUGGCUUUGCGGCAGGUUUUAUUGUUGGUCAAAUUGCUGGCGCUGUUUUCGAUGCAAUUUUCGGCUCAGGAGGGUCUGAUCCUCUGCCUAAUCAAGACCAACUCUUCUAUGCAGCUACUAUGCCUGAUGGCAAAGAGUUGGCCAGACUUAUUGCCUAG